AUGGGCCAAGCGGCCCAUCAUGAUAAUGGAUAUACUAAAGCCCAGAUUAAGGUAGGAGGAGUAGACAAGUUCUCGUGUUCUUUGGAAGCGGGGAGGAAAUUAAUAAAGGGGAACAAGGAUGGAGGAGGAACAGAAGCGGUGGCGUCUGGUAUCUUUCAGAUAAACACGGCCGUUUCUAACUUCCAGCGCCUUGUUAAUACUCUCGGUACUCCUAAGGAUACCCCCGAGCUCCGUCACAAGCUGCACAAGACAAGGUUACAUAUUGGGCAGUUGGUAAAGGACACUUCGGCCAAACUUAAAGAAGCUAGCGAGACCGAUCAUCAUCGAGAUGUUUCUCAAAGUAAGAAGAUUGCAGACGCUAAGCUUGCAAAGGACUUCGAAGCAGUGCUUAAAGAUUUUCAGAAGGCACAGAGAGUUGCAGCUGAAAGGAAAACUUCCUACACUCCUUUCGAUCCAAAAGGUGACUUUUCUUCAAGUGAAGUAGACAUUGGCUAUGAUAGAUCACAAGAGCAGCGUAUCCUCAUGGAAUCUAGAAGGCAAGAAGUUGUGUUGCUUGAAAACGAAAUAUCCUUCAACGAAGCAGUGAUAGAGGAAAGAGAACAGGGGAUAAAGGAAGUUCAGCAGCAAAUCGGUGAAGUAAACGAGAUUUUCAAAGAUCUCGCGGUGUUGGUUCACGACCAAGGAGCCAUGAUAGAUGAUAUUGGUAGCCAUGUCGAGAAUGCACAUUCCUCAACAGCUCAGGGAAGGUCUCAUCUCGUGAAAGCCUCCAGGACACAACGAUCAAACUCUUCUCUGAUGUGUUUACUAAUGGUGAUAUUUGGUAUCGUUCUACUCAUCGUUGUCAUAGUACUCGCAGCUUGAGAUCGCCUGAAACACACGCACAAUCUUGGUUAAACAUUCAAGAGAAGUCUGGUUUUGGGACAGAGAAGUCUUGACUGUUUGAACUUUGCCUCUGUAUAUUCCCUCUACUCCCUUGUCUUUCAAUCACUUGUAAAACGAGUCAGUUUGUGUAGCUAUUUCAAUGGUGUUUAAUUGUUUUUUGUCAAAUGGUUUUAGGCCACAAUACUAUUUAUAACGUAUAUUAACCCAAAAAAAAAUCA